AACCCGUAUAACGUCACAUCAGAAACAGCUCCUGAGCGCAGCAGUGGCCAGCAUGUAUUGUCCAACUAUGAUCUCGACCCAACCGAACCUGCCCAUCGAAACUGGACAUGGUUACACUAUACAUCCUUUUGGCUCGCCUCUUCGUUUGCGACUGGUAAUUGGACAACUGGGAGCGCGAUGAUUGCUCUGGGAAUGCCAUGCUACGCCGCAUGGCUCGCCGUGGUUGUUUCACGCAUCAUCGGCGCCGUACUGCUCGUCGCCAAUGUCAUGCAUGGUUGCCCCGCUUGCUUUGCGGUAUUGAUCUGGGCCAUCGUAUUGAACGGAGGCUCCAACGGGCCGAGCUUCCAAGUUUCCCCUAAGAUCAGCAACUCUGGGUACUACGGUUGGCUCUGGCCGAGUGACCAGUCAUGGUCGCAGCUGCUCACCUAUCCGAUCUUCAGCGCUCUUCCUGCGCUGUUCGGAAUUUUGGUGGCCAAUGCAACUUCCAAUGUCUGGGGAAAGGUCUACUGGAACUUGUGGGACGUUCUAAGUGAGGCUCUUGACUACUAUCAGAUGAGCGCGGCAUCGAGAGGGCUAGUGUUUCUUGCCUCUUUCUCCUUUGCCGUGGCAAUUCUUGGCACCAACGUGGCUGCAAACUCUCUGCCUUUCGGUUCCGACAUUGCAGGUCUUUUCCCUCGUUGGAUCAACAUUCGAAGGGGUCAGAGCUUGCUGACCUUUCUGUCCGGAUAUUCCAUCUUGAUGGGACCAUUUGCUGCUAUCUGCAUCGUCGAUUACUUCUUUGUCGCCAACGGUAACUUCUCCAUCACGGAACUGUACGUCGGCAACGAGAGUUACAGAUAUUGGUACUACAAAGGCUGGAAUAUACGCGCAAUUGCCGCAUGGAUCCUCGGUGUAGCAUUACCUUUCCCAGGGUUUGUCGGGACCUUCGUGUUGUUGUAA